AUGGAUUCUGGUAACAGUGGGAGCUUGCAGUCCUCAAGCGGUGGCGAUGAAGAAUACGACUCCCCUUUCCUGAACCCAACCGCUCACGUCACUUCCUCUUCUCUAUUCGAUCCUCUAUCGAAUUAUCUAGACUCCUUCUCUCGACCGCCGGCGGCGGGGCCACCACCACCGAAUCUGGUAAAUCUCGACAUGGUAUGGUCCAGAGCCCUAAGAUCUGAACCCACUUGCACCGAGACCCCAAUAACCGGCCUGAUGGGUUCUUCUUCUUCUUCUUCGGCCCAACCGGUCUCAGUUGGUCAAGUUGGUCCUUUCCAAGGCUUCUUAUCAUCAUCGACGGUGCCAUUACAUACGUCGACCAAGAAUGGCGCAAAGCCUUCGGCUUCAUCUUCUUCAGAGCAGCAGACAAACGCAAUACGUAACUCGAAGAAACGAUCCAGAGCUUCUAGAAGGGCACCCACCACUGUUCUCACCACCGACACGUCGAAUUUCAGAGCGAUGGUGCAGGAGUUUACAGGAAUCCCUGCACCGCCCUUUUCGGCUUCGCCGUUUCCUCGGAGUAGGUUUGAUCUCUUCAGUAGUACAGCUUCUACUGCCAUGAGGUCCACUCAUUUGGAAUCUCCACUACCGAACUACCUUUUACGCCCAUUUGCACAGAAGUUUUACCCACCUUCAUUUGCUGCUUCUUCGGUUUCUUCUUCUUCUAUUGCUUCUACUACUAACCCAACUGUCACCACCAGCGGCGCCGCCAUUUCGUCGGCACUGGGUUCUAGUAAUAACCACCAGCAAAGUCUACUAAGCAUGCAGAACCCGAUCUUCACGUUCCAAUCUCUGUUACAAGCUUCAGGCUCUCCUCCUGCUGUGACACCUCCAAGGUACCCAUUAACCAAUGUACCAGUUUUUGGUGGUAAAUCUCAAGGGUCGUUAAUGCUUCCAUCCAUGGAUUCAUCACAGCUUAGAAUGGGAACAACAACUGGUUUGGAAGAUUUCACGAUAGAGAAGGCGGGUUCAGAGAAUGUUUCUUCUUCUAGAGGUGAAGGUAUGGUUGAUUCAUGGAUUUGUUCUUCAGAUUAGCAAAUAUUAUUAAUAAUUUGCAGUAGUAAUAUUGAAAGAAAAAAGAAAAAGAAAAAGAGAAGGUGGAGGGGGGGGGGGGGAGUGAUUGAAGAAGAUAAUGAUGAGGGU